AUGCCCCUCGGGAGCAGAGCCGCAGGCAAGCACGAGAUAGCUGCUUUCCCCGCCCCUCCCGAGAGAUUGGAGGCGUGGUGUGCACUGACGUUGGCCGGACUCUACCCACUGAGCCUUGGCAACAGUGCAGGAAGCACGGCUCGGGCUAGGGCUCGGGUUCGGUCUCGGGCUCGGGCUCGCGCUCAGGCUCGGGCUCCGACUCGGGCUCGGGUUCUGGCUCAGGCUCGGGUUCUGGCUCAGGCUCGCGCUCGGGUUCGGUCUCGGGCUCGCGCUCGGGCUCAGGCUCGGGCUCCGACUCAGGCUCGGGUUCUGGCUCAGGCUUGCGCUUGGGCUAGGACUCAGGCUCGGGUUCGUGCUCGUGCUCGGGCUUUUGUUCGGGCUCGUGCUCGGGCUCGCGCUCGGGUUCGGGCUCGGGCUCGGGCUCGGGCUCGGGCUCAGGCUCGGUUUGUUACUCAGGGCUCGGGCUCGGGCUCGGGCUCGGUAGCUCCAGGAAUCCUGUUGACUGUCCUGUGGAUUGGGACAGUUGAUGAAAUUAGACAGCUUACACAUCCAGAAUCCACUAACGCUGAAGAAGAACACAAUGAGGAGAAUGACAUACAGUCAGAAAGAUCCACAGAGCAAGCAGUUAUCCCUAGGUAUCCCUGGGGAAGAGGACACAGACGUGGCAGUAGGGGAAGAAAUGCUAAUUUUUUCAGACAAAGAUAUUCAUCAAAUCGCCCUCUACUUCAUCUGAUAAGACAAGUCAACAGAGACAAUCAAACAAGGAGAAAUGGAAACCAGUCAGAAGAGAGACAGCUACAACUAGAAAGAGACCAAUUUUUCUUCAGGAGAGUACAUGGCCUCUCCCGAUCUCAUGACCACCACAUUAGCAGAUCUCAUGGGCACUAUUCUAGAAGAUCACAUAGCCGAUUCAGGAGAGCUCCUGUUCACUCAAAUAGUUCUCAUGUCUACUCAGGUAGAACUGAUAACCAUACAAAUAGACCACACCAUGACCACUUGGUUAGACUGCUUCAUGACCAUUCAGGUAGACCAUACCGUGACCACUCAGAUAGAGUACACCAAGACCUCUCAGUUAGACCACUUCAUGACCACUCAGUUAGACCACACCAUGACCUCUCAGGUAGACCAUACCAUGACCACUCAGGUAGACCACAUCAUGACCGUGCAGCUAGGUUUCAUCAUGGCCACUCAGAUAGAUUCCAUCUUAACCAUACAGAGAGAGCUCUUCCUAACCAAGCAGGGAUAGCUCAUAGAGGCCACACAGAGAGAGUUAAUAGAGCACAUAGAGGGAGAGCUCAUCACAACCAUGAUGGCAGAUCUCAUCAUGACCACUCAGGGAGAGCUAAUGGCCCUGCAGGGAGAGCUCAUAACAACCACUCAUGGAGAGAUCGUAACAAUAGGUCACAGAGAGAUCCUAACAACAGGUCACAGAGAGAUCGUAACAACCAGUCAUUGAGAGACCGCUUAUGGAGAGCUGGUAGCAACCAAUCGUGGAUGCUUCAUGAAGGAGAAAGAUACCAUGGUCGAAGAGGAAGAAUUGGAACAAGGGAUGCAUCACCAUCAGAAUCUGAGCCUGAAAUUGACAGAGUUUCUACAAUAAGAGAAAGGAGUGACUAUUUAUGGGCACAGGAACAGCGAAGAAAUGAGAUACUUGAUCUGAAUGCAGGGUUAGAAGAUGAGGACGACAGUUCUGACGAAAGUGAGAGAAGUUUUGACAGUUGCUGGAGAUCUGAAAUUGAUGCUGAAUUUGUUGAUGGUACAUACACCUCAAUUAAGACUCUGACAAGUCAUCCAAAAGGAGUAAGAAUGAACUUCGAUGUUGGAUCACAGAAUAAUCGGACUAAUCUGUCACUCCAUGCUAGAUUCACCAUUCUAAGGAAUAUUAGAGAAGCCAGGAUGAACAAUAAUAGAAUGUGA